AUGCCACCAAAGACACCGUCAAAAGGAGCCAAGAAGGCCGUUACAAAAACAUCAAAAGGAGCUUCUGGCGCCAAAGCUACUGACAAGAAACACAGACGUAAACGCAAGGAAACCUACUCAAUCUACAUCUACAAGGUACUUAAACAAGUUCAUCCAGAUACAGGUAUUUCGUCAAAAGCUAUGUCAAUUAUGAAUUCAUUCGUAAAUGAUAUCUUUGAACGUAUCGCUGCUGAAUCAAGUCGUUUAUCUCAUUACAAUAAACGAUCAACAAUCAGCAGUCGCGAAAUUCAAACAGCUGUCCGACUUUUAUUACCUGGUGAACUUGCCAAACACGCUGUAUCUGAAGGUACAAAAGCUGUUACCAAGUACACAAGUGCCAAAUAA